AUGAUCACAGAGCCAGAUUGGAUUAGUGAAACCUAUUUACCAGAAGUUCAGAGCGGUUGCAUGAGGCUGAAAGGCAGUCAGUAGGGAGAGGUGGAAAAUGCACCAGAUUUACAGCUGCAGCGACGAGAAUUUAGAAGUUUUCACCACUGUGAUUUCAUCCAAAUCAUGUAGUCCUGCCCGAAGACGAGCCAAAAGUACGCAGCACAUCCUAACAAAGAGUGUGGUAGCCAUAUCCGACCACCAGCCCCACAGGACCGAGAAGCUGCAUCCUCACCAUGGUGAGCUCCUCCAGGUGCUGUACAGUGGAGACGAGGUGCGGGGCUUGGGCUGCCUGCAGAGCGGGCAGCGGGGACCCUGCCCUGCCAAGGGCGCUGCCCAGCACGUGGGAAUUACUGAACGAGAGUCAUCCAAGUCCUGUAACCACCUGUUGGAUGGAAAAUCUUUGAUUCCACCAUCACCAGUUGCCCACAUCACUGUGAAAGCAGUGACUGUCACAGAUUCACCCACAGGCAACAGCACUUCCAUGGAAGAUCAGAGGCAGUACUGGAGGAAGGCGGCAGAGUAUGACCUGACCCUGCCACCAGGAGCAGAAGCUUCCCUGCCACUGACAGGAAGCAACCUGUGCGGGACGCCCAGCCUCCUGAGGAAGAUGUGGAUGAAGCACAAGAAGAAGUCAGAGUACCUAGGGGCAACAAAUAGUGCCUUUGAGGCAGACUGACAAGUCUCAGCAUCACUUGGAAGGACAGAAGGUCCUUUAGCCAAGGACAAGGUGCUCUAAGAUUAAUGAAGGAACAGACACAGCACAGCCCAUCCAGGAAAACUAUAUCCUUUUUAUUACUUGAUGCCAUUGCUUCAAUUCUCAGUGGGAGAAAGGCCAACUAAGGUAAAAAUGGUCAACAUGAUGCAACUCACUGGCCUUUCUUUGUUGCAGUAUACUAAAAUCCCAAGUAUCCUGCUAGAUUUAUGUCUUGACUCCAUGUUGAAACUACUGCUAGCACAUUCACCAUUUUGCAUGUCUUGUCUGAAUCAUCUUGGGUUGCAACAAGAAAAGCCUACCAAUAGGUUUGUGUAUUCCUGCAAGGCGACAGAUUGAUUACAGAGUGCCAAUGAGUACCCCCGGUCUGCUCGCUGUGUACCACAGCUUGUCUUCUUCCCCCUCUCAUAUCGUGAGAUAAAAAACACAUCUUAUUAUAUGCUUGGUUGAAUGACAUAUACUAAACAUCUUUCUUUUUUCUACAGUGUUGAUGUCUCGAGACAGGAGUAAGAGAUGCAAAAAUUGUAAAAGACAGGGUCAGAACGCAGCAAGUUUGCAAACACACAUUUACCAAACUUUGCUGUGUGAGAAGUGUUGGGUGUUUCAAAGUGUCCUGCCAGAUCAAACUAUGAGCAACUGGAUAACCCCAGGUUCUUCCACAGAACCUGCUUGCAUGUUAGGUGGCAGUCAGAAACUUACUGGCUACCCGUGUGGUACAGAAUAUUUCAGUGAGUGCACAACAUACUAGGAGGAAAGAAAAUAUGCAAAUGGUGCAACUAGGUGACUGAAUGUGAGCUAUUUGUGUAUAGGAGACCUGUGCUCAUGAAUAGAUGGAGUUCAUGGAAUCUGCUCCACAAUUUUUCUCAGAAUUUCUUUCAAUUUUGAAAUUGCUGGUCAUGGCCCAUUGGGUUUUCCUCUCAAAACAAAAAAGUGUUACAGAAAAGAUUUCACUGUCUUUAGUGACAAUAUUAUAUUAGUCAUGAACAGUAUUUGCCUCACAUGAGUAUUCCCCUCGUUAUUAAACAGACUGUGGUUUGCCUAAAUACAGAACUUUAAAUAUAAAAUUGAAGGAAGCAUUUCUCCUGUUGCUCAUAGUAGUGAUGAUCUUCUGUAAUCUAACUAACUGCCAGUGCACCAAAGCAAAAAUGAAAAAUGAAGGUCUUUAUGACAGAAGCAGAGGAACAAAGCUCCCAUCUAAAACUUGCUUGCCUGCAGCCAGCAUAAUAAAAUACACUGACACAAAGUCAUAGAAUCACAGAAUGGUUUGGAGGGGACCUUACAGAUCAUCUAGUUCCAACCCUCUGCCAUAGGCGGGGACACCUUCCACUAGACCAGGUUCCCCCAAGCCCCAUCCAGCCUGGCCUUGAACACUGCCAGGGAUGGGGCAGCCACAGCUUCUCUGGGCAACCUGUGCCAGCGCCUCAGCACCUGCACAGUCACAGGCUUCUCCUUCAGAGGUGCUCCAACAGCUCACAGAGGACAGCCUUGCAGCUAGAAAUCACACAGUCUCCCCCUUCACUCUUACCAAAGGCAGAAGUCCUUCUCUGGCCCAGCAGCCUGACAGAGAGAGGAUUUGCUCUCCUGCUUUGCUUUCUUCCUUCUGGGAAAGGAGGAGAACACAGCUCCUCAUUACCCACACGCUGAAAGCCCCCGGCUGCUGGCAAGGCAAGGAGAAGAGGCGGUGGUGACCCGGCAUUGACCAUGUGCCACCAGCCACAGCAUGCAAGAGCAAUGCUGAUGGCUGCUGAAGGCUGCACACCUGAACAGCACCAGAGCAGUUUUCUCACAGGGGUACAUCCCACGUUUAAACUAGAGCCUGACACAUUGGCCCUGUGUAAUAGUCUGGAUAAUGUGACCUUGCCAACAUCAGGUCCUCCAUGACUGAACUAAGCUGGAGCCAUGGCCAAGACUUUCCUGAAAUGUCUGUUAUAAAUAUCACCAACCACACAACACCCCCCUUCCCAGCCCAUAGAAAUCAUGCCAGAAGCCUUGGCCUUUAGGCUCAUGCUAUUUUUAUGCAUAUAGAUAAACCCAGUAAAUUCAGUGGGACUACUCCCUUGCACAGCAAUGCAUACGCACAAGGAGUAGGGAGAACAGUAAUUGCCAAUUUCCUUUUUUGGUCUCACUCCAUAAACAAAUUAAAAAUAAAUAAGAUAGAUAGGCAGGCACUGGGAAAAGUCCAUUUGCUGAAUUUGGGGUAACUAAGACAGUGAGCAUUUGCGCUACCUGCCCUUGUAGCUAACGUGACCCAUAGAGCACCCAACACACCAUCCAGGGCAGCAAAAGUUUUGUCUAUUGAGAAAGCUGUAUCAUAGUAUUUCAUUUGUUAAUUAAUAGUUUUAAGCAGUAUGAGGAUGGAGGCAAAGGGGAGAUGAUUAAUGUUUCUACCUAAUAAUUGCUGUAUCUUGAAAGGUGUAUUUAUGGUUUUCUUAUUUAUUUAAUUUAUACUUUGGAUCUACAAGAGGAGAGAAUUACAAGAAGCAUAUUUAACUUCUCUGUAUUCCAGGAACUGCUGUGGAGAUUUCUUGUACUGUAGUAUAUACUUGUUUUAUUGAUUCAAAUAAAAUAUGUCCUAUUCAUAAAAAAAAAAAUAAAAGAAACAAGUAGCAUGUGGUAACA